UUCUUCUGUUGUAGACGAAAUCGGUAGUUUAGGCAUCACAUAGCGCUAAUGUUUGCUGAGUUUUUCCGGCAGCAGUAAUACGUCGAAAUAGUGGAAAUACCACAAAAUCACAAGAGAUUUGCUAUAUAUUUUUUUACGGAUAAGAUUUCGAUUUCAGUGUGUGUGAUGGAUAUCAAGCCUGCACGUUCUUCAGCAGUUCCUCCGCCGGCUCGUUCUAAUCCUAGCGUCGUUCAGUCUACUAGAAAAAUGAUGGGCGUUGAUUCACGCUACUGUAUUUCGAUUCCAGGAUGUCUUAAAAUUGCGGAAAUUGUGGUUGGUGUUAUAUGCGGCGCUGUAUGCCAGAGAGCAUACUUUGCCGGGAAUCAAUUCUUCCUGUUUGUGGUGAUCUUGUGCAUUAUUAUUUCAACUACUCUAUUGUUCCUGCAUUUCGCAAAAGUGCCAAAAAUAUUCACACUUCCCGGAGGAGUCCAGUGGCCAUUUGUGGAAUUUGUCUACGCUUCCGGUGCAGCCCUUUUAUAUGCUAUAGCUGCCAGCGUCCAAGUAGCACGCACAGUUAUAGGUGACAAUAAAGAAAAUUCCGACAAGUCCUCUACUUAUGACCGCUACUUAGCAGCUGGUAUCAUUGCAUUUCUAAACGUCGGGUUGUACAGCGCCGAUGCGUUCAUCCAUUACCAACAAUACCGUAAUAAUCAAGUUCAAGGACCAGUUUGAAAUGCCGCUUCUGGAACACUACCGCAAAUUAAAAUUCAUCUGCAGCGCGCAGGCGGGUUGCUUUACUCGAGCUCUUGCGCCGCAAAAAUCACAUGGUUUUUUCUGGUAUUUAUUGUACAUAAGUGAUUAUUGCAACAUUUAAUAUCUUACUGACAGCACUGGGUUUUGAGGAACAGUGUAUAUUUUUACGUACUACGUUUUCUGUAGCCCAAGCAAAGUAAAGAUAUUUUUAUAUG